AUGGCAGCAUUUCAAUCACAGGCAGCUGGUGACGUUAUCAAUAAUGGUAUACAGAAGGAAAUUACAGAUGCGAUUCUUCAGGUCAGGUUAGAACAAAAAGAAGAUGAGAAAGAGAGUUCUGGUCGUGGUAAGGUUCAAAGCCCGAUUCGCAAAAAGGAGCGACCACAGAGACGGAGUUUUGCUAGAAGACUACCUGAUAGGUAUGAUCUUGUUUAUUAUUGUUUGAUUUUUAGGUGUUUUGUGGACACAUCUAGCUAGUUUUUAGCACUUUUUGAUGUUUUACGUCUGAUAUAUUCCUAGUUUAUGUUUUUUGGUGUACAUAUGCCUAAAAUAACAUGUUUUAAAUGUAAAAUUUCUUAAAGCCACUUUUUCUAGAUGGGAAGCAUACAAUCCUUGUGGAAAACCAAUAGCUGAUACCCGUUUGAUUGCUUUCAAAACUCCGUUAAGGUCGGAUUUCUUCAAAGAAACCGAGUUGGAGCCGUUUGGAAUCGACGAACUGGUCGAAGCGAUGGAAAAGCAGAACGCCAAGCUGGGCCUUGUGAUUGAUCUGACUGCCACUACAAAGUACUAUGAUCCAGUUGAGUUGGAGCAGUAUAAUAUCAAGUACAAGAAGAUCAUGUGUCCGGGAAGAGAUUUUGGAGGACUGAGAGACUUGGGAGACACCUUUAUGGAUACUAUCAAGGAUUACUUUGCUGAGAACAUAGAAAAUGGUAAGGUUUGUGGGGGUUUUGGUAGAGGAUUUGAUGUAGUAUCUGAUCUUAGUUUGAGAUUUUAAAUAGAAUUGUUUUUGGGGAGAUAUAAUUGUUUUUGUUGCAGAUACGUUGAUUGGCAUACAUUGUACACACGGCUUGAACAGAACGGGUUAUUUGGUAUGUCGCUACAUGCACGAAUGUCUUGGAUGGCCUGUGGAUGAAUCAAUAGAGAGUAAGGAUGUAUUUUGGUAUUUUUAAGCUUUUUUGAAGGUAUAGGUUUGUUAGCAAUCAAAGAUUUUUUUGUUUUCCUCAAAAAAAUUAGAAUUUUCAUAUUUUUUUAUAAAAUAGACGUUUUUCAUCUGAAGAUAAACUGAUAUAACUAUUUUUGGUAGUAAAAUACGAACUUUUAUAUUUAUAACGUCAAAACUUUUGAAACACUUAACAUAAUCUCAUUUCAGCCUUCAACCAAGCCCGUGGUCACGAAAUAGAACGCCAAGAAUACGUCCGUGCUCUUCAGUUCGAAUGCGAGUUUCACGAAGGUUCAUAUCGUUGUUAA